CCUCUCACCUGGAUCCCCAGGGGCUCCACCUUCCACACGGCCAAAGUCGAAGUGGCCUUCGCUGCCCCUGGGUUGGACACCCGUCUCCAUCGUCGGUGGCUGCCGAAGGGGACCGGCGGAGGUGCGUGCCCAGGGCAGCAGAAGCUGCUCCCGCUCUGGGAGAGGCUGCCCAUAGUCCAGCCAUUGUGGGCACACGGUAGACGCCGCCGUGCCGUCUUCCUCCCUCGCCCGGCCCCAAGUGGCACCAAGAGACUGGCAUCGAAGGCCGGCCGUGCCCCAGAGGACCAAAGCCGCUUGACCUCAGCUUGGCUCAACUUCAGGGCAGAGAAGGACCCUUGGAAGCUAGCUGACCUGGCCCGAAGGACCCUCCAGAAUCUCCCGGGCAGUGCCAGCGUGGUCCCUGGGCACGGGGGUGCCACCAAACGAGGCGCACGACCACCUCUGCCCACCGCAACCACAGAUGCCGGUGCAGCACACAAGGCCGGGUGCCGAUGUCCAGACAGCCAGCGGGCUACUGUAGUGGCCCAGGAAGCGGAGGCUCGUCCGGAGGGUCUCCGUGUGCCCACCCCCCGCACAGAGGAAGCAACCUGGGCCGCCAGCGCCCUGAUUUUUUUGCUGGUGCUCCUGACCCUAGCCAUACUCUACACCCGUCUGCACCGGAAAUGCCGCCGCGGGCCAAGCCUCUACUGGAUGACCAGCAGCGAGGAAGGGCGCGAGACGGUGGCCA